AAUAAUAAAAUACUGAUACGAUGAGAUAGAUAUGUGGAUUUGCCAGAUAAGCGUUUGUAAUCGAAAUUUGGAAAAAGCAUAAACUUAGAUUUAUCAGUUCACUUGCAAGCCAUUAACAUGGAACGUUGGCAUAAACGUAUUGCCGUUGUUACUGGAGCCAGUUCAGGCAUUGGGGCGGCCGUUGUUAAAGAUCUCCUGACAUCGGGUCUAGUCGUUGUCGGUCUGGCUCGUCGCAAAUAUGCCAUUGAGGAGUAUCGCAAAGAAUUGCCCGAGGCAUUGCAGGCGAAUUUGCAUGCCGUCAAGUGUGAUCUAACCAAUACACGUUCCAUUAACGAAGCAUUUGAUUGGAUUGAAGCCAAUCUAGGCGGUAUUGAUAUUUUGAUCAACAAUGCCGGUGCCUUUACCCUGGGCCAAUUGGCGACCAUGGAAUUAGCAAGCGUCCAGAACAUAUUGCAGGUGAAUGUUGUGGCAUUGGUGGCCUGUACUCAGCGUGCCUUCAAAUCGAUGAAAGAACGUAACUUUGACGGACAUGUGAUACUCAUCAAUAGUACAUUGGGCCAUCGUAUACCCAUGGUUGGCCAAGGACCGGCACCAUUUAAUAUCUAUCCCUGCAGUAAAUUUGCCGUCACAGCCAUGACGGAGGUCUAUCGCCAGGAAUUUAUGGGUUUGGGUACAAAAAUAAAGGUGACGAGUAUUAGUCCCGGCCAAACGGAUACCGACAUAGUUCCAGACGAUUUUAGACGGGGCCAAACGAUGUUGCAAGCCAAAGAUGUGGCUGAAUGUGUUCAUUUUGCCAUUGCCACACCGCCGCAUGUUCAGAUUCAUGAAUUAACUGUUCAACCAUUGCAGAUGUAAAUGUUAUAAUUAUAGGUCAAUAAAUAAAGUGAACGUGAGAGAAAAAAAAAACGAUAGCUGUGUCGAUGCGACUACCUGUAUUCUUCUAACAUGAUCGGAUUAGUAUUAGUAUCAGUAUUUCCUGUGAAGUCAUGAGUCACAGCUUCCAUUAAGUUUUCACAGAUCAUUGCCCGAAGAUCGGUAUGUAACGUGUCGUACAUAAAAGUAUUGAAACCUAUCGCCGUUAUUCGCCGGCUCCCUUUAGCUUAUGACCUUUAACAAAACAAAUCGCGGUUUUUCCCUUAUUAUUCAUAACCAAGCUAUUACUCAUAACCAAGCACUACAUAUUAGAUUAAGUGUUCAUUCCACCCUUUGAUAAGUUCAACAGUUCUACAAUUAUUUUGUGCGGAAACACAAGUUAAACCUUUAAAAUUACGAAAGAUGGAUUUAAAUUUUGUUCCUAUAGAACGUCUCGAGAAAGUAAAUGAUAAUACGUAUAUAUUGGGAUUGGCAUGCAUGUUAGGUCAUGCAGAACGGGAAAGUAGCCAUUUAUCAUUUAAGGAUGAAAAUAGCGGCCUAGAAUCCACUUGGGAUGUAACAGCAAUAAUUAAUUUUUUCAAAUCCACGUUACUGAUUUCGGCCAUGUGUCUUCGCGAAGACGACAAGGACACCUUGUUCCGUGUUACGCUAACUAUAGAAAAAUUUGGAUGUGAAGCAAUUACCAGGAGCAUAGAAAUCGUAGGCAAUGAGGGAGGUACAAUAAGUGUAAAUUGCAAUAAUCUUUCUGAAAUUAAAGAUAUUUAUAUAAAAAUUGAAAGUCUAUCCAAUAAAUCCACUGAAUGCAACAUGACCCAUGACUUCGCCAAAAUAUUGGCCAGUGAAGAAUCCAGCGAUGUGACCCUUGUCACAGGAGAUGGUACUGAAUUUAAGGCCCACACAUUUGAGUUAAGUGCCCGCAGUGUGGCCGAAGUAAUGAAAGAAAUGCUGAACUAUCUGUACACUGAUCGGAAAAUACGGCAUAAGUUGAGUUUAGGGGCUAUGCUUGGAUUGACCUGAAAUUUUUACCGCAGGUAGGUAUUUGUAACCUGAUUACGGCAAUGUAAUUUUUUUGUGGGGGAAAUACCCGGUUACCCGGUUAUUCGACCCAAAAGUUCGGAUACAACAUCCGGUUUAUAUCCGGUUCUACGUAACCGAUAUCAAUAAAAUGGGUAUCAUUUGAAAGCUUAUGAAAAUACCUAUCCAACAAGUGGUCAUAUGACGGGGUUGCUGGAACCGGUUUCGGAGAAAUUUAGGAAAAUGUGAAUUUUUGUAUGAGUAAUUUUUGAAAAACCCAUAAAAACUCGAAAAUGGACCCAUUAUAAGGUCUUAAAAUCUAUACACAAUAUUAUAGCUAACACUAUUGCCUUUCCAAAAUGGUGUCACAUGUGUUGAUAUCUUUUGUAGUUCCGAAGAUAUUGACUUUUAAAGUCGUUACUUAUGAAAGCAGUUUGAGUGAACCCAAGUUUUGUGUCGGGUUUAACGUUCUUGUUAAUCCGCUUUGUUUUUAAUUUGGUGUUGUUAGAAUAUUAUGGAUCGCGUAGUCGGUGUUGGACAUAUCCCAGAGGAGAAAAUCUUAAGCCCCGGCCGAAGGCCGGCUGCUUACAAAAAUUACAAUUUUUAGAAAAACUAUGGAUCGCGUAGCCGGUGUUGGACAUACCCCAGAGGAGAAAAUCUUAAGCCCCGGCCGAAGGCCGGCUACUUUCGAAAACUACAGUUUUUAGGAAACUAUUGAUCGCGUAGCCGGUGUUGGACAUACCCCAGAGGAGAAAAUCUUAAGCCCCGGCCGAAGGCCGGCUACUUACAAAAAUUACAAUUUUUAGAAAAACUAUGGAUCGCGUAGCUGGUGUUGGACAUACCCUAGAGGAGAAAAUCUUAAGCCCCUGCCGAAGGCCGGCUACUUACAAAAAUUACAAUUUUUAGAAAAACUAUGGAUCGCGUAGCCGGUGUUGGACAUACCCUAGAGGAGAAAAUCUUAAGCCCCGGCCGAAGGCCGGCUACUUACAAAAUGUACAAUUUUUAGAAAAACUAUGGAUCGCGUAGCCGGUGUUGGACAUACCCCAGAGGAGAAAAUCUUAAGCCCCGGCCGAAGGCCGGUUGCUUAAAAAAGCUAUAAAGGUCAAAGUCAAAUGCGUCUAGACUGGAGAAAAAUAUAAUUUAAUGAAUUCUAUCUCUUAUAUCCACGGAACCACAAAAGAUAUCAACACAUAUGACACCAUUUUGGAAAGGCAAUAGUGUUAGCUAUAAUAUAGUGUAUAGAUUUUAAGACCCUAUAAUGGGUCCAUUUUCGAGUUUUUAUGGGUUUUUCAAAAAGUACUCAUACAAAAAUGCAAAUUUUCCUAAAUUUCUCCGAAACCGGUUCCAGCAACCCCGUCAUAUGACCACUUGUUGGAUAGGUAUUUUAAUAAGCUUUCAAAUGAUACCCAUUUUAUUGAUAUCGGUUACGUAGAACCGGAUACAAACCGGAUGUUGUAUUCGAACUUUUGGGUCGAAUAACCGGGUAACCGGGUAUUUCCCCCACAAAAAAAAUACAUUGCCGUAAUCAGGUUACAAAUACCUACCUGCGGUAAAAAUUUCAAAAUGAUCCGAGCAUAGCCCCUAAACUCAACUUGCUCCGAAAAUACCAAACCAAAUGGCUGCAGCACUAUAUACGGCAGCAAAUAAAUACGCCUUGUUGCAUUUACAGGACAUGUGCGAACAAGCAUUAAUCGAAACAAUGGAUGUGGCUUCAGUUGCUGAUACACUCAGAUUAGCCGACCUUCAUGGCAAUGAACGUCUUAAGACCAAAGCUAUUACGUUUAUUGCGCGAAACAUUAAAACGGUCACGGAUACGGAAAGUUGGAAAAGGUUACGCCAAACGGAUCACCAGUUGUGUAUGGACGUUUUGGAAGAAGUCGCGAAACAGCAUUUCUAGUUUUAUAAGUACAUAUGUGUGUUUAGCUACGCACACGUCUGUAUAAAACAUCGAAUUUUUUUCAUUCUGGACAUUUUCUAAUUCGCUGGAAUUCCAAAUUCCUCAUUAUCUUAUAUUAAAUAUCAAAUCGAAAUUAUUUAUCUUAUCCGCCUUUUGUAAAAAUCUUCAAUAAAUAUAAACCAACCAUUUUGUGCAUAA